GGUGCUGUUAUAUUUUAUAAUAAACCAGAAGGUUCUCGUUUCAUUUCUGUUUAUUUAUAUAUUGUAUUUAUCAGCUCAUAAUUGUAUUCACUUUCAAACAGAAACAAAAUAUCAAUAUGAAAGGGGGGGGCGGUGUCUGUCCCGAAUGCGCAGCCGCGGUGACCCUUAAACUCGUCCUGCCCCUUUCCCAACAUGUCCGCUUGCAUCAGGACAGCGCUGUGAGGGUCGCUGUGCUGGUUUAUAUACCGGGGAGAGAGACACAGAGACACAGAGACAGAGAGACAGAGAGACAGGCUGUGAGGGUCGCUGUGCUGGUUUAUAUACCGGGGAGAGAGACACAGAGACAGAGAGACAGAGAGACAGAGACAGAGAGACAGGCUGUGAGGGUCGCUGUGCUGGUUUAUAUACCGGGGAGAGAGACAGAGAGACAGAGAGACAGAGAGACAGAGAGACAGGCUGUGAGGGUCGCUGUGCUGGUUUAUAUACCGGGGAGAGAGACACAGAGACACAGAGACAGAGAGACAGGCUGUGAGGGUCGCUGUGCUGGUUUAUAUACCGGGGAGAGAGACACAGAGACACAGAGACAGAGAGACAGAGAGACAGAGAGACAGGCUGUGAGGGUCGCUGUGCUGGUUUAUAUACCGGGGAGAGAGACACAGAGACACAGAGACAGACAGAGACAGAGAGACAGAGAGACAGAGAGACAGAGAGACAGAGAGACAGGCUGUGAGGGUCGCUGUGCUGGUUUAUAUACCGGGGAGAGAGACAGAGAGACAGAGAGACAGGCUGUGAGGGUCGCUGUGCUGGUUUAUAUACCGGGGAGAGAGACAGAGAGACAGGCUGUGAGGGUCGCUGUGCUGGUUUAUAUACCGGGGAGAGAGACAGAGAGACAGAGAGACAGAGAGACAGGCUGUGAGGGUCGCUGUGCUGGUUUAUAUACCGGGGAGAGAGACACAGAGACAGAGAGACAGGCUGUGAGGGUCGCUGUGCUGGUUUAUAUACCGGGGAGAGAGACACAGAGACAGAGAGACAGAGAGACAGAGAGACAGGCUGUGAGGGUCGCUGUGCUGGUUUAUAUACCGGGGAGAGAGACACAGAGAGAGACUCACACGCACGCACCGCGCAGGUGA